AUGAUAACACCUAUUCAUUUAUGUCGAAGGGCAUUCUCAAAUUAUAGACGAUAUACAUCACAAUCAACACAUGAUCCUUUGAGAAUUGCAUUUUUUGGUAGUGAUAAUUUUAGUGUGGCUAGUUUAAAUAAACUAAUUCAGUACCAAAAGGCAAACCCACACAAAGUAGAUAGCGUUCAUGUCAUUACAAGAAGCCUUAAGCCACAAGGAAGAUAUAUGAAAACAGUACAGGAUCUCCCAGUUGGAAAAUUUGCUAGUAAACAGGGUCUCUCUAUAAUGAGAGCUGAUACUUCUGAAGAAAUAACACAGUUUUCAAAACAAUAUCUUUUCAAUCUUGUAAUAGCAGUAUCGUAUGGUAAACUCAUUCCGUCGACAUUCAUACAACAUUGCAAGUAUGGCGGGCUUAAUGUUCAUCCUUCGUUACUACCGAAAUAUUGUGGCUCGUCACCAUUGCAGUAUGCGUUAUUAAAUGAUGAUAAAUUUACUGGCUGCACCGUUCAAACAUUACAUCCUACAAAAUUCGAUCAUGGCGACAUUAUAAUACAAUCUCCAGAAAUUCCUAUACUGGAUGGUGACAAUUCUGUUUCGUUAUUUAAAAAAUUUGGCGAGAUUGGAGGUGACCUAUUAGUUGAAGCGAUAGAUCGAGGCUUAUUUGUUAACCCGACUCCAAUAAAAAACAACUAUGCACAUUCAAUGGCCCCUAAAAUCCCCAAGGCCAGACUGCAGGUAUUUUGGGAUAAAUUCCUGGCUAGAGACAUCAAAAGGUUAUACGAUGCGUUGGGACCAAUCUUUACGUUUUUAAACGUUAAUGUAAUCAGAAAAAGAAAGCAAAUAUGUGAAAAGAAACGCGUGAUACUAUCUUGCAUUAAGGAGUAUCAGUUAACAGACUCAAUUGAACAAUUGACACAACCAGGAGAUUUUAUGUUGGUAGAAGAAGGACUUCUUGUUAAGGCCAAAACAGGCGGGCUUUUGGUUGAGAAAAUAAAAAUGCAAGCCCAAGAAGAAGAAAUCCCUGAAAAGUUUAUAGGAGCAUAUUCCAAAAAAGUGGGACCAGACAUGCCAAAACAUUUCAUAGAUUGA